UUAUGAGUUCCUUAAGUAUACAUAAAGAACAGCUCUCUUUAGAAAGAGAAAAAACUGAAACUCAACUUAUGCUUUGUUUCUUUUUUAAUUUGAAAGCAAUGUCUUCUACUGACCACGAAGAAGUUACCCUUCCGUUUCAUCAUCAUCCUUUAUCAUGUGGUACUUUUGAGUCUUACACUUUCCGCUCCAUAUUAUCUAUCCCGAAGCUAAGAAAUGGCAUAUACAACUGCUAUCACUGCAAGGAGUGCAGCUUGACGUUUCACAAAGAAUGGGCUGACAGCUUCUUCAGCCAGCAAUUUAUCUGCAAUCACGUUCUCAAGAUCUUCCGCCGGGCUAAGACACCAUUAGUUGACAGUACAGAUGACCACUUUUGUCAUUUUUGUCGAAGCAAGCUUAAGUUAAAGCAUUUCCGGUGCACGAUAUGCAACAUAAGCGUGGGUAGAGAAUGUGUGAAAGAUCCACCACCACUCACAAUUUAUCAACCAAAGCACCACAAGCAUAGCCUCACCCUCUUGUUAAGGUUAGUCACCUUUACUUGUAAUGCAUGUGGUGUGGAAGACGACCGCAAUCCUUAUGUUUGUCUUGAAUGCAAUUUGAUGGUCCAUAAAUAUUGUAUUGAGAAACUACCACGCGUCAUAAGCAUAAACCGUCAUGACCAUCGCAUAAAUCAUACCUUUCAUCUUGGUCAAGGAGAAGGAGAUAAAGAGUGUGGAGUUUGUCGGAAGAAGAUUAAUUGGGCCUACGGAGGUUAUGAAUGCUCUCGUUGUCCUAGUUAUGCCGUUCAUUCAAGGUGUGCAACAAGAAGAGAAGUGUGGGAUGGGUUAGAGCUCGAAGAUGUGCCCGAAGAAGAAGAAGAAAUAGAAGAUCCAUUCAAGGUAGUUAAUGAAAAGGGAGAUAUCGUUCAUUUUUGUCAUGAAGAGCAUGUUCUCAGAUUGGAUGAGAAUUAUGUUACAGAUAAUGUUAACAUGCGUUGUCGGUGUUGUGUUCUUGCCAUCGACGGGGAUCCAUGCUACAGAUGCCUGGAAUGUGAUUUCAUACUUCAUGAAAAGUGUGCUAAUCUUCCUCGGAAGAUGCGACAUUUAUUGCACAACCAUAAACUCUCUCUAGAGGUUUCAUUCACACGUUUUCGUCGAUCAGACAAUUUCUUUUAUACGUGUAUUGCUUGUCAAACCCACACUGAUGGCUUCAUAUACGCGUGUCAUGAUGGGCUUUGUAGAUACCUCGUUAAAAGUAUUAAGUAUGAUGUUCGGUGUAGCUCUGUAUCAGAACCGUUUCACCAUGAUCUCCAUCAACAUCCCUUAUACUUUACGUUGCAAAGUUCCAGACAAUGUCAGGCUUGUGGCACAAAAAUAGAUCAUGAUCCCUUAAGUUGUACGGUUUGUGAUGAUUACUCUUUAUGCAUGAGGUGCACUACUUUACCAAGAAAGGUAAAACACAGGUGUGAUGAUCAUUUUUUGUCACUAUGUCAAGGUUCUUCCGUAAACGAUUCCGGCGACUUGUGGUGCGAUAUUUGUGAGACGAAGACAGAUCCGAGUGUAUGUUAUUAUACUUGUGAUGAGUGUGGGCUUAGUCUUCAUAUUGAUUGUGUACUUGGAGAUUUAUAUUAUUUGAAGCUAGGAAUCCCAGAACCUGAUGUUGAAAUAUGUCCAAACAAUGAGGCUACUCGACCUCUCUGCAGUGGUUGUAAAGUUCGUUGCAAGAACCCUUUCUUCAUAAGGAGUACAGAAGAAGAACCUGCAUCACACGCUUGUUCAAUAGACUGCUCAUAAGGUCUAGUUGUUACUAUUCGAAUUCAUGUUUUACAUUCUCUGUCUAAAUUGUAAAACAGUGUGCUUUAAAAGUCUUUCAACAUUUUCUGUUAAGAACCAUUUCCAAUUAUUAUUUUUAUUUGUCUCGCAUGGUAAUUUUUAUUGAGAAUAUAAUUGGGUUUUAAGAAUAUUUGAUGCCAUACUUAUUGUUCUUUUACG